CACCAUGGUGCGCAGAGCACCACCAGUCAUCCCAGAUAUCGACGACAGUGAGAGGUUUGAUACUGUGGUGCGGAAGCUUUCUACCUUCUUCGUCCAGGCGAUAGAAACCCCGCAUGAGUGGGAUGAACUUCGUCGCGAGGUCUAUCCGCGAGAGCUGCGGUCUUUUGUGCGGUAUCUGGUCGAUGACGUACAGCAUGAAGGCAUCGUGAGCGCGCUGCUUGCGCUCAAGUGGCACUUCGAUGGCCUCGAUGAUGGAGAGGAUAGAGGCGUCAACGAGACGAGAGGUCUCGCGUGCGAGCUGGUUGCAUGGCGCUUCAUCAGCCAUCUAACGUAUCGCGAGACGAUUGAUUACCUGUGUACAGACUUACCUGUUCACUUUGGUGGCCCCAACAUGGAGAACGGAGACCUGGAAAAUGCUGAGCAAGAACCAAGUCUUCCUGAUGACCAGGAUGAAGAGAGUCCGCUCCUUGAGAACUCCACAGCGCCUGUGCGCCGAAUGGAUGAUUCCUUCUACGACGAAAUGCAACACCAUCAUACAGACACCGAGCAAGCGAAUUUUGCGUCUACUUUCGCCAAUCUCAGCGCGCUUGAAAUAGCUGCGGUGGCGGGCGCGAAGAAAUUCUUGAGCCAGAGGUCCAUCCAGUACAUCAUCUAUGGUCUUUGGAGAGGUGACAUUGUGUUCUGGUCGGACGUCAGCACUCACUCUCGCAAAGAAGCCAAGGUGUACCGAAAACACCAGAGCGACCCAUAUGCUCGCCUCAGGGUCCCGCUCUACCUCAAGAUCUUUGAAGUGCUCUUCUUCGCAGGAUUCCUGGCGCUGUACUACAUUGUUUUGAUCAGGAAGCAAGCUUCGCACAUCACCGGCGCUGAAGUCAUGCUGUAUGUCUGGCUUGCGUCCUUCUCUUACAAUGAGCUCGUGGAGUUCAAGGAUGCUGGUCUGACAUUCUACGCUACCGAUUUCUGGUCACUCUGGGAUUUAGGAAUCAUCUUCGUUGGCAUAGCAUUCUUCGUCGCGAGAGUGAUUGGUCUGGCGCACCACGAUUCCUACGUCAACGACAUCGCGUUCGACAUUCUAUCUGUCGAAGCCCUCUUCCUGGUACCAAGAAUCUGCUCACUGCUGAGUCUACAUCCAUACUUUGGCAUGCUUUUGCCUGUUCUCAAAGCCAUGACUGUCGAGUUUCUCAAGUUCCUUUCACUGGUUGUCAUCAUGUUCUUCGGAUUCUCCACGUGCUUUAGCUUUCUGGCUCGAGGCACGUACAGCUUCCGCGCCAUGAAUUGGAUCCUGAUCAAAGUCUUCUUCGGCUCAAGCUAUUUAGGAUUCGAUGUUGCGGACCAGAUCUCGCCCGUUCUAGGACCUCCGAUCAUGUUGGUCUUUGUCGCACUGACUAACAUUCUGCUCAUCACUUCUUUGAUCUCGUUGCUCUCGAACAAGCUUGACAAGGUCAUGGAGCAUGCUCGGGACGAAUACAUGUUCGUCUACAGUGUCUACGUGCUGGAGGCUUCGACUUCUAACCGCCUGACCUACUUUUAUCCUGUACUUAACCUGUUGCCUCUGUUGCUUCGGCCGCUGCGCUUGGUGUUGUCUCCGCAGCGACUGCGAGCUGCUCGCAUCGUGCUGCUCAAAGCGACGCACUGGCCUCUAGUGGCCAUGAUCCUGCUGUAUGAGAGGGCGCUUACGCUGCUGGAAGAUCGACGGAAGACCGGCUCUUCUGCCGUUCAACGCAGUCAGAACUCCCCGACUUCCCUCCGCCGACCACUUUAUCGAAAGGCGCCAUCGAUGUCUCGGACGUCGUUAUUGGAAGAACAGCCGCGAACGGCACGAUCGCCUGCAGGACUGUCUGCGCAUGGUUUUACGGCGGCUAGCGAUUCGGCUGAGAGGCUGAACUCUGUUGUGGCUGAUCUACACGCGCAAGUUCAGGUGUUGACUGAUCUUCUCGUCAAGGAGAAGAGACUGAGCGCAGAUGCAUGCAAAUAA